GUCAGUAUUUACAUUAACUUUGAUCUGCUUUGAUCGCGCGCUACCGCGUCUCGACGCUUUUGUGUCAUGAUUUUGAAACAAACAAAAACAUCAACGCCAACGGUCGAACGGUCCGCGAUUCCGGAAUCUAUAAUAUUAUCAAGGAAAUUUACAGUUUUUCCAAAUUUUCUUAAAAGAUGCCUGUCGAAACAGCUAGUUUAGCUAACGUUUAUGCGUUCCUCCGCGACACGUACGAAUCUAUUGAUUUCCAACUUGCUCCUGCUCCGACGUACAUCCAAUCUGUGGCGGAUGUCGUCGAUGGAAAGAUUGUCUUCAUUUACAAGCAGGACGAGAUCCGAAGCGGUGCCAUGCUGACCGAUGGGAAUCACCUGAGUCCAAAAUUGAGUGAGAGUGUGCAGCAGAACCGGCUGGACCUGACCGGGUCACCGCUGAAGGAUGAGGUAAAACUGGAGAGUCUGGAUAUGUCCGUUGAUCAGGCAGUGGUGCUGAGUCUGGCGAAUCCGUGGCUUGAGAAGGAGGAAUGCUUUGGACCGGUAACUGUGGAAAAGGGACGUUCCAUACUGCAGGAAGUGCUUGGAAAGCAGAUGGUAGGAUGUGGCCAGUUGUGGGCGUUGUGCGAUGGGAAUGACAUGGAUCGAACUUUGCUGAUGCAAAUUGAGCUAAAUGGUGAGAAGAAGUUCGUCCGAGGAGCGGUCAAACUUCUGGGAUAUUUUCCCGAGAGCCAGCUGACGAUGGUCCGGCUACAAAGGGUCCAUGAGGCCAAAGCUGCCGGAUUUUCAAAGGAGCUGGAAACGAGCAUCGAAUUAUGGUACAAAAUCCAGUCGCAUAUAAGCAUCAAACUCCGGUGGAUAACCCACUCACAGAACCCUUCGUUUUGCAUCAACCAGAAGGCGGACAUUGUCCUGCGGCAGUCGAUUGUGGUAGACGAGACCCAAUCGGUGGCGGAAUAUUUCUGGAGUCAGUUGCACUUCCUCGAGACGAUCAAGGACCGGAUACUGCAGAUACGGAGCGAGGGUCGGCCCAAUGCGGACGAUGAAAGCUAUGUCGGAUCGUUGGAUAUUAGCGUGAUAAAGGAAAAGACCCACAAGAUUCUGACUGAAUUCUGCGUGGUUGAGUCAACUGAUUAUAAACUGGGUCAAAUUGAUUCCAUUGUGGAACGGGUUAAAACCAGAACGGCGGUGGACGUUACCGAUCGGCUUUGGAGUGUGCUUAAAUAUUGCUCUUGUUACGACGAUUUGAAGGACGUUUUGACUUUCAUCUUCAAAAUAGCAUCCAGAAGUAAUUUAGCAAAUAUCCCAAGCAACAACAAUCGCCUGGCUCAGUUGAUCAAAUCCAUCGCCCAAGGCCGACUGGCUAUACCGAUUUUGACUGGUGCGGAACCGUUUGAGCUUCUGCUGGAAAUCGGUCUCGAAAAAAUCUUCAAAGACUAUCAAAUCAUUUUCCACGAGAGCAAAAUUUGCAACCUAGAUCUCGACCGGGUCGGUCGAAAUACAGGCGGGUCCGAUUCGAGAGAUGCGUCCCGCGCGUCCAGCGUUCGAAAAUCAAUGUACGAAGCUGUUCCGGUCACUUCGUCGCAGAGCCGUAAAACGGCAAUGCUCUCUCGGGCUGGCACCAGCGAGGAACAUGACGAUGAUGGAGCUAUCCGCAACAGCUAUUUCAAUGCAGACGAGGCCAACAUGAAGAUCGGAAAGCUUGCCCAGGUGCAUUUGCUGUUGGAGCACCUUCUGUCGAUCGAAUCGCACCUCAAGCUGACCAGCAUCUAUCCGCAGGUGGCGGAGGAAUAUUUCUCGCGACCAACGGUAAGUUUCGAGGAAAUGAGAUCGAGGAAGUCGGACAAGCUGGAGAUUCCGAUUCUGAACAACACGAUUAUUGAGCUGGUGGAGAAUAGCAGUCCAUACAUCAGGAAGGUUGGGAUGACUAGCCGGAGCAAGUUCCGCACGGUGGAGAGCAUUUUCUAUCAGAGCUCGGAGCCAAUUUUGCCCACCAAUUUGUUUCCACAGCUGAAAGCCGAGGGUGGGGAAAUUAAAAAUGCCUAUUGGUGUCUGGAGUAUACCAAGAUUAGUAAUAACUGGAGUAUGUGAAUAUUUUUUUGUGUUUUUCUUAAGAUUUAAUAAUGUAGGUAUAUUUUGUAAGGAUUGAUGGCAUUAUUUCCAUGGAAAGAAAGUCUUUAAUCAUAAAAUAA